UUAGGCACGCACACCGGAAGUGGUCCAUCGGCUGGAGUGAGGCAGUGUCCGCGGUGUGAGCGUUCCUCAGGCAGCGGAGCCAUGGAGCCGGGGACUGCUGAACUUUACGACCAGGCCCUGCUGGGUAUCCUGCAGCACGUGGGCAAUGUCCAGGACUUUCUCCGCGCGCUCUUCGGUUUCCUCUACCGCAAGACAGACUUCUACCGCCUGCUGCGCCACCCUUCGGACCGCAUGGGCUUCCCGCCCGGAGCUGCGCAGGCCCUGGUGCUGCAGGUCUUUAAAACAUUUGAUCACAUGGCUCGCCAGGAUGAUGAGAAAAGAAGGAAGGAACUUGAAGAGAAAAUCAAAAGAAAGGAGGAAGAGGCCAAGGCUAUGGCAGCUACUGCAGCCGAGAAGGAAGCGGUCCCAGUCCCAGUUCAGGAAGUAGAGAUAGAUGCUACUGCAGAACUGAGUGGGCUUGGGGAUGGAGAAAAGGUGGAUCCCCCAGGCCCUCAGAACACUGAGCAUAAAGUGGCCCGUGGCUUGGAGGAGGCCAAAGCUCCAGGAACAGUUAGCAGUGCUGCUGAAAGCCCUAAGGAGCCACCCAAGCUCCCCAGGAUUCAGGAGCAGUUUCAGAAAAACCCUGACAGUUACAAUGGUGCCAUCCGAGAGAACUACACCUGGUCGCAAGACUACACUGACCUGGAGGUCAAGGUCCCAGUGCCCAAGAAUGUGGUGAAGGGGAAGCAGGUCUCCGUAGCCCUCAGUAGUGGCUCCAUUCGUGUGGCCAUGCUGGAAGAAAACGGAGAGCGUGUUCUCAUGGAAGGAAAGCUCACCCACAAGAUCAACACUGAGAGUUCCCUCUGGAGCCUCGAGCCAGGCAAGUGUGUUUUGGUGAACCUGAGCAAGGUGGGCGAGUAUUGGUGGAAUGCCAUCCUGGAGGGAGAAGAGCCCAUCGACAUCGACAAGAUCAACAAAGAACGCUCCAUGGCCACUGUGGAUGAGGAAGAACAGGCGGUCCUGGACAGGCUUACGUUUGACUACCACCAGAAGCUGCAGGGCAAGCCCCAGAGCCAUGAGCUGAAAGUCCAUGAGAUGCUGAAGAAGGGGUGGGAUGCUGAAGGUUCUCCUUUCCGAGGCCAACGAUUCGACCCAGCCAUGUUCAACAUCUCCCCAGGGGCUGUGCAGUUUUAAUGACCAGAAGGAAAGGAAACCCUCACCACCUGAGAGGUGGAGACCUUGUCCCCCUCACUCCCUGCAUGCCAGGGACUACACUCCUCCUGCUUACUCCUAGCGAUUCUUUCAUGGAUGAACCAGGCCUUUCACACUGACCUUGCACCUCCAAACUAUUCCAGAGAAGGUGCAGGGCCAGCUGCUACCUGGCAGCCUCUGUGACCAACACUAAAUGAAGGUGUUUGAAAUGCAGGAGGGACACGUCCCAGCAAACUGGGAGCACAUGCUUUGUCUCCACAGCAACUGGCCACUCAGGCAACAUUUUCUUCCUCCCUUGCUCUCUGCUUGCUGUUGUUUUGAUGCUGUUCUGCUUGCUUGUCUUCUGAGUGGGGGUAGGCAGUUGCUGGGCUCUUAGACAAAGCUAAGUUGAAGUGUGUGGGGUCAGGCAUCUGCAUGAGGGCAAAUGGGGCAUGGCUGUGGAGCUGAUGCUGGGGCUGCUAUUGGACCCUCUCAUUACUUGACCUCAUCCUGGGUAUAUUUGUGUGUAGUCUUAUCUCUUUGUGAAUGCACUUAGCUUGCCUCAGCUUCAUAGGCAGAGCCUCAAACUGGAGUCUAUUUGCCUGUUCCAGAUGUUGGCAGAAGGUUUAGCCUCAGGCCCAGGUGUGGCAGAGACACUCUCUGCCUGCUUGAAAUGAACCAAGUCCAACCACACUGCUUGCUUCCUACAAGGCCUUUCUUGUGUAUGCUGUGUCAAUGCUUGGGGACCCCCCCAGAAGAGAUCACAACAGGUUAAUGCUCCACUGGCAGAGUUUUGUCAACAACACACUCUAAGCAGCCUUGACCUUGAAAGACACCUCAGGAAGAGAAGUUUUUCCACAGGCUUGAAGUCAACUACAGUCGAGUCCAAGAGAUUGAUAACUCCCCGUGCCAGUCACCAGACCGUGCCUUGGAGCACAGAGCCUGUGCAGCUGCUGACUGACUCCAGUGGGAGUGGGGAGACCUGACCAAGGGUCAGGGAACCAGGUGCCCUAACCUCUUCGAAGGGGCCUUCCGUGUACCUGUUGCCAGGGAGAGCAGAUUGUGGGCCAUCCUUCCAGAGGCUUUCUAUCAGCCAUGUAGACAGGACCUGGUAGGCAUUUCUGGUUUACAGUGGUGGCUGGUGCCUCUUGUAAGAAGUACAUACUGGGAGUUAAUGCUAGGUCUAGACAGGCACACCAUUUUGGUUGUCAGGGGAGAGCAAAUACCCACUUGGACUGUGAACUGGUGGUUGAACAUUGGUCACCAAGUUGGUAAGGUCUCUCUGAAGAGGUUCAGCCUUGGGGAGCAGAACUCUGUCACAUUCACCAGAUCCUGAGGAAAUUUCUGCCAGUUGAUCCUGAAGUUCCCAUCAAGGUCCUAGGAUUUGCACAUCCCUGUCCCAUGUAAACUGUCCCACCUGGCAAAGGAGGUCUUGUGUGUGGUGUGUGUGUGUGUGUGUGUGUGUGUGUGUGUGUGUGUGUGUGUGUGUCCAAACUUGUCUGUAGUCCUAGUUGACCUCCUCAAUGCCUCAUCCUGUAGGUAGUCUUCCAGGAGCUAUGAAGUGGAGAGCCCUGCAUCUUUUUAUUUGGGACAGUGCUUCACUUCCAUAGUAACUGUCUUCCUUUGGCAUGGUUUUCUUUUCUGUGUUGCAAAAAGAGUAGCCAAUGCAAGAGUGGCAGCGUUAGGUUUUGGCCUUGUAGCAGGAAUCCAUGCUCCAUAGCUGAUCCUUGUGGCAUGUUACAGUGCAUGGUGUGGUGUGUUGGAUUCUGUACCCGCGUGCCUGCAUCCCAAUGUGGUUCCAUCCCAGUGUGACUCUGUCCCAGUGUGGCUCCAUCCCAGCAAAUCACACAGUUCUCUGCCCUAUGGCACUGCCCUGGGCUUGCCCAGCCACUGGAGCUGGCAUAUUGCCUGUUUUCUCUUUUUAGACACGACAGCCACAGUUUGGCCACUAAGACCCACCAGCUGAGGUCUGAGGAAAGCAGGGUGACUCAUCCCCCUUGCCCAGGGUCCCAGGAGAAUGGGGUGUCCAGCCUGCAAAGCUGCUCUGGCUCCUUGGUGUUGGUUUGCAAUAAAUCUGUAUUUAAGCAGUU